GAUGAGUAGUAGAUGCGUUCAGUUAUUUGUUUUUAGUUUGUGAAUUUAACAGAUGAGAGUUACAAAACCCUGCAAAAAUGGAGGUUUAACAUUAUCCACUCACUACUCUCUCAACAUUCUCCCCAAAUGGCAAUUGUAAACCACCACUCCCCUCUCUUUACACUCACCCACUCGCCCGACUCAGCUCACCCCAACUCAUCCAAACCCUUUACAGUCCACUGCAAGAAGAAACCCGACUCCCCCGCGCCCUUCGAGGAGUCAAAGUCAGGUUUCGUGGACUACGACAGAGGCCAACACGAGGUCUACACUCGAGUGAGCGGACUUAGAAAAUCCGACAUACCCAAACGGUACCGUCUAAGAGUUGAAAGCGACAGGUUCCAGAAGGACUGGACAGUGUCUCGAGUGGUUGAGAAAGUGUUGGAGCUCAAUCAUUGGGAAGAUGUUGAAGGUGUUUUGAACCGGUGGGUCGGCCGGUUCGCCAGAAAGAACUUCCCUUUUCUCAUUAAGGAGCUAACACAAAGGGGUGCCAUCGAACAUAGCGUUCAAGUUUUCAAUUGGAUGAAAAAUCAGAAGAACUAUUGUGCGCGAAAUGAUAUCUAUAAUAUGAUGAUCAGGUUGCAUGCUAGACAUAAUCGGACAGAUAAGGCACGAGGAUUGUUUUUUGAGAUGCAAGAGUGGAGGUGCAAGCCCAAUGGUGAAACAUACAAUGCCCUUAUCAAUGCACAUGGUCGGACUGGUCAAUGGCGUUGGGCGAUGAAUAUCUUUGAUGAUAUGUUGCGUGCUGCUAUCCCUCCUAGUCGAUCAACCUAUAACAACUUGAUCAAUGCUUGUGGAUCUAGUGGAAAUUGGAGAGAAGCCCUCAAAGUUUGCAAGAAAAUGACGGAAAAUGGAGUUGGGCCUGAUCUGGUGACUCACAACAUUGUUUUGUCAGCAUACAAGAGCGGGGCUCAAUAUUCAAAAGCUUUGUCUUACUUUGAACUAAUGAAAGGCACACACAUUCGUCCUGAUACAACCACACAUAAUAUUGUGAUAUAUUGCCUAGUAAAGCUUGGACAGUAUGAUAAAGCUAUUGGUUUCUUCAAUUCCAUGAGGGAGAAGAGAUCAGAAUGUCACCCUGACAUUGUGACAUUCACCACCAUCAUUCAUUUGUAUUCUGCGAGUGGGCAAAUUGAAAAUUGUAAGGCUGUCUUCAGUACAAUCCUUGCAGAAGGCUUAAAACCAAAUAUUGUUUCAUAUAAUGCUCUGCUGGGUGCAUAUGCUUCACAUGGAAUGAGUGAAGAGGCAUUAUCAGUUUUUAAUGAGAUGAAGAGAAAUGGUUUUCGCCCCGAUAUUGUAUCUUAUACAUCUUUACUCAAUUCUUAUGGAAGGUCACAACAACCCAGGAAGGCUAGAGAAGUGUUUGACUUGAUAAAGAAAAACAAUUUGAAGCCAAAUCUUGUUAGUUAUAGUGCACUGAUUGAUGCUUAUGGGUCUUGUGGGUUGUUAGCUGAAGCUGUGGAAGUAUUUCGUGAAAUGGAGCAAGAUGGUAUUCAACCAAAUGUUGUUUCAAUAUGCACCCUCUUGGCUGCCUGUGGUCGAAGUGGUCAAAAAGUGAAUAUUGAUGCUGUACUUUCAGCAGCUGAGAUGCGAGGCAUCAAAUUGAAUACAGUUGCAUAUAAUUCAGCUAUUGGAAGCUAUAUGAAUGUUGGGGGGUAUGAGAAGGCUAUAGCCUUAUACAAAUCUAUGAAAAAACAAAAAGUGAUGCCUGAUUCUGUUACCUAUACUGUCUUGAUAAGUAAUUGCUAUAAAUUGUCCAGAUAUGGUGAGGCAGUUGCAUUUCUUGAUGAGAUGAUAGAUUUAAAAGUACCUUUGACCAAACAGGUGUAUUCAUCAGUGAUUUGUGCGUACAGCAAACAGGGUCAAGUCACAGAAGCAGAGUCCAUGUUUAACAAGAUGAAGAUGUCUGGUUGUUUUCCUGAUGUUAUUACCUAUACUGCAAUGGUACAUGCAUAUAAUGCUGCAGGGGAUUGGGAAAAGGCAUGUGCACUAUUUCUUGAAAUGGAAACAACUGACAUCCAACCAGAUUCUGUUGCGUGUUCUGCACUGAUGAGAGCUUUUAAUAAAGGAGGCCAACCAUCCAAGGUUCUUGUUCUGGCUGAGUUUAUGAGAGAAAAAGAAAUCCCCUUUAGUGAGGCUAUAUUAUUUGAAAUGGUAUCAGCUUGUAGCAUAUUACGAGAUUGGAGGACAACAAUUGACCUGAUCAAACUGAUGGAACCAUCACUCCCUGUAGCUUCAAUUGGACUUAUGAAUCAGCUUUUGCAUCUCCUUGGAAAAAGUGGGAAAAUUGAGUCUAUGAUGAAGUUAUUCUUUAAGAUGGUAGCAUCAGGUUGUGAAGUCAACUUCAAUACUUAUUCCAUUUUGUUGAAAAAUCUUUUGGCUGCUGGAAAUUGGAGGAAAUACAUUGAGGUCCUGCAAUGGAUGGAGGAUGCUGGAAUCAAACCUUCUCAUGGAAUGUUUCGUGAUAUAUUGUCUUUUGCACAAAAAAGCGGUGGGAUGGAAUAUGCAUCUAUCAUUCAAGAAAGAGUUGAAUCGUUGAAAAGGAUAUCUGGAGAAGGAGACUUUAGCCGAGAAUCUGUUUGUCACACUCCUUCCACCAUCGCAGCUGAACAAUAGAAUAAUAGUAAGGCUCAAUCUGCAAGAGUAGCUGAUACCAGUUACAUGUAAUUUUUAUUUCUGAUUUGUUAGAAAGAUUAUACCCACAAUUGUAUUAUAUUAUCCAAGUUUCAUU